UAUCAGUAGACCUAGAGGUUGUUAUGUCAUGCCUCUCAAAUUAUUUCUAGAAUACCAACGUUUUAGACGACUCUAAUUCUGAAUCCUCACAAGUUAGAAUCAUGAAAGCGUUUAGUAUCUUCUCCAUCUGGGUGCUUAUCAACCUGCUGCUUCUGAAGAGCUCAUCAUGUGCCGCUGACUCAAGUGUUGUGAACCCCUGUUGUUACUACCCUUGCCAGAACUCAGGAGUGUGUGUCAGAUUUGGUGCAGAUCGCUACGAAUGUGACUGCACUCGCACUGGCUUCUAUGGGAAGAACUGCUCUGUUCCGGAGCUCUGGACAAGAGUUCGUCUCAUGCUUAAGCCGAGUCCUGCAGUGGUUCACUUCAUCCUCACCCACUUCAAGUUGUUCUGGGACCUCGUCAACAGCACCUUCCUGCGAGACACAUUCAUGAGAUUAGUGCUGAUAGUCAGGAGUGACCUUAUUCCAAGCCCUCCAACCUACAACACCAAAUAUGGAUACCUUAGCUGGGAGUCCUACUACAACGCCUCCUACUACACCCGUCUCCUCCCUCCUGUGCCCAAAGACUGCCCUUUGCCGAUGGGAACUAAAGGUAAACCAGAGCUUCCUGAUCCCAAAGUGUUGGCCGGGAGGUUUUUUAGGAGAAAGACAUUCAGGCCGGACCCCCAGGGAACCAAUGUGAUGUUUGCCUUCAUGGCCCAACACUUCACCCACCAGUUUUUCAAGACAAACCAAAAAGCUCAAGGUGGCUUCACCAAGGCUUUAGGACAUGGGGUAGAUGCAGGUAAUAUCUAUGGAGACAACCUCAUGCGACAGCUUCAACUCCGGCUUCAUGAAGAUGGAAAACUUAAAUAUCAGUUAGUAAAUGGUGAUGUGUACCCUCCUUCAGUAUCUGAAGUCCCUGUGGACAUGGUUUAUCCUGAGAGUUUCCCUCCAGAGAAGCGUCUGGUCAUGGGUCAGGAGCUGUUUGGCCUCCUGCCGGGCCUCACCAUGUACGCCACCAUAUGGCUGAGAGAGCACAACAGAGUCUGUGACAUCCUGAAGGCAGAACAUCCCACCUGGGAUGAUGAGCAGCUCUUCCAGACCGCCAGACUCAUCAUCAUUGGUGAGAUCAUCAACAUCAUAAUAGAAGAGUACGUGCAGCACCUGAGUGGUUACUAUCUGGACCUGAAGUUCGAUCCCACUCUGCUCUUCAACUCACGUUUCCAGUACAGCAACCGCAUCGCUCUGGAGUUCGUCCACCUCUACCACUGGCACCCACUGAUGCCCGACAGCUUCCUCAUUGACGGAGAAGAAAUCCCAUACUCCCAGUUCAUGCACAACACCUCCCUCCUCUUGCACUACGGGGUGGAGAAACUGGUGGAUGCCUUCUCUCGACAACCUGCAGGACAGAUAGGUGGAGGUCGUAACUCUAAUGACAUAGUGCUCAGAGUGGCGGAGAUGGUCAUCAGAGAGUCGCGAGCAACACGUGUGCGGCCCUUCAAUGAAUACAGGAAGAGGUUCAACCUGAAGCCAUACACCUCUUUUUAUGAGUUUACUGGUGACAUGGAAAUAGCCAGAGAUUUAGAGGAGCUCUACGGUGACAUCGAUGCUUUGGAGUUCUACCCCGGUGUCAUGCUGGAGAAAACACGUCCCAACAGGCUGUUUGGUGAGAGUAUGGUGGAGAUGGGUGCUCCCUUCUCCCUGAAAGGCCUGCUGGGAAACCCCAUCUGCUCCCCUGAGUACUGGAAGCCCAGCACCUUUGGGGGCGAGACCGGCUUCAACAUCGUCAAAACUUCCACUUUGAAGAAACUGGUGUGCCUCAACACCAAGUGGUGUCCAUACGUGGACUUCCAUGUUCCACGAAAUGAGGAGGAGGCAAAACCAAGGGAACCAUCCACUGAGCUUUAAUUAAUAUUCACCUGGUGGUUUGUGAUUUGGUGGCAUGGUAGUGCAGUGGUUAGCACUGUCACCUCACAGCAGGAGAGUUCCUGUUUUGAAUCCAGGGUGGGGGAGUCCCUCUGUGUGGAGUUUGCAUGUUCUCCCUGU